AAUGGAGUUACGGAUUUUGAUUGGGUUCCCUGUGUAGAUGUGUAUUGGAACAAACCACUGGCGUCUAAACAACAUCAAAAUAAUGCUUGUAUUACAUGGCCGCAGAUCAAGAUGAGCGUGUUUACUCGAUGGUCACAAUUAGCCAUUCUUGCUGUUUGUUCUUCUUUGGUUUUAUUCUUGUUUAUGUCAUAUAUAUGCCCUGAUCGAUCGUGUGGCACGAAAAACUUAUUACGGAAAAUCAAUUAUGCGACGAGAACUUUGGGUUCUGUAUCCACAGGAAAACGAAAACUGAGAAUCUACCGAUUCAAGAACGACUCGAUAAAGCGAUUUCCCGUCUUCCCGACACGACGACAAGUUAUGGUCUUCCUACACAUGCAAAAGACUGGAGGAACCACAUUUGGGAAGCAUUUGGUACAGAAUUUAAACAUAUCUUACCCAUGUAAAUGCCGAAAAGUACCCAAACUACGUUGUAAAUGCACAAGUCAUAAUUCUACAAGAAUCUGGCUGUUUUCUCGUUACUCUUUGGGCUGGCCUUGUGGUUUGCAUUCAGAUUGGACAGAGCUUCAUGCAUGUGUACCAGAUUAUGUCAAAAAACGAGACGGACUAAACAUAAAAAGACAGUAUUUGUAUGUGACAUUCUUACGAGAACCUACUAGUCGAGUGCUCAGCGAGUUCCGCUGUUACCAAAGAGGAACAACAUGGGCUGCUUCUUCCCAUAAAUGUAAUGGUAGAACUCCAACUAAAAAGGAACUGCCUCCAUGUUAUGAAGGAGAUACAUGGGAAGAGGUGACAGUAGAGGAUUUUUUAGCGUGUAAAUCAAAUUUAGCUUUCAAUAGACAAGCACGAAUGCUUGCUGAUCUAAGGCUCGUCAAUUGUUACAAUAUUACGGGUAUUGGACCGAAAAAACGCGACAAGAUUAUCCUCAAAAGUGCAAUGCGCAACCUUCAAAGUAUGGCUUACUUUGGCCUGACAGAAUACCAAAAAGAAAGCCAGUAUUUAUUCGAAAAAACGUUCGGGGUGAAAUUCUUUAGACCAUUCGCGCAGAAAGCUGAGGACGACACGCGGGCGGCCGAUGUCAUGACAGAUAUCGAACCUGCAGAUAUUCAAAGACUUAAAAAGCUUAACAUUGUUGACAUACGACUAUAUGCUUUCGCAAAAGAAUUAUUUUUCUAUAGGGUAAAGUAUUUUAAAGAUCAAGACAAACGAAACAUUCAAAAGAAAGAGAGAUAAAUAUCCAUCAAGUCAAAACAUUUGAAAGCAGAAUUCUGAUAACUUUGUCAUAAAUUUCAGUUAUUUUCAUAAAUGUAUAUCAGUUUAUCUAUUCGUCUUGAAUCCAAAUAGUUUCUAUUGCACAUUUUUCAUACCUUUAGAAUAUCGUGAACGAAUCCUAAUCAUCAAUGUAUGGUGCAUUGAAAAUGCCAUAGCAGUCAGUAAUCUUUAUACAUAAUUUUCGUAUAGUAAUAUAUCAUAGAUUUUUAACUCGACAUAUAACUGAUAAUAUUUUAAAGGUGUUGGGUAAUGAGAAAAUAAUAAAAAA